UGUCCGUCACUCCCAAGAUGGCGUCCGCUUCGGCGGCUUCGGUGGCUGCAGCCGAGGAAAGAGGCGGAGGCAGCGGCAGCCGCGCGGGGAGGGGGGAGUCCCGUCUGACUGAGACGGCAGGGCGGAGCGCCGGGCGGGGAGACGAGCUAAGCUGGCUGUGAGCACCGCAGCAUUCAGCCCCCUCGUGUCCCGCUUGCCGCGCGUAAGGGGAUCGCGCGCUGCGCCUCACGCUCUCCCGGCGCCCGCGUGGGGCCAGCUUGGGGCUCCUAGGAAGAAAUCCAGUAUGAGGAAAGUUCUCUAUGUCUGGUCCAGUCAGCUAUGACAAAUGAAACCAAGGUCUCCUAGAACAUGACUUCCAGUCCCAGUUUUAUGGAAAAGGAAUGGAUACAGAACAUAUAGCUUCCUGAGGACAGCAUUUCUCAAAACCUGAGGCCUGAAGAAUUUACAUGUCAAAAGCUGGUAUUUUCAGACAGAAACCUUCAGUAAUGUCGGUAGUCUGGGUAGCAAAUGUGUAACUACUUGGACCCAAUGGAGUGAAGUAAGAAAUAACCAUCUGGAUUUGCCAGAGAUUGAAAAGCAGAAAACAAACCAGUCUCUGUUAGUUAUUGAAUGGAUGUAACCUUUGUAAUGGAAGAUGAUUGAAGACAAGGGGCCUCGUGUUGCUGACUACUUUGUUGUAGCAGGAUUAACUGACAUUUCAAAGCCUCUUGAAGAAGAAAUUCACUUCAAUGAUGCUUGUCAUAAAGUAGCUAAACCAAAAGAACCCAUCACAGAUGUUUCAGUUAUCAUCAAGUCCCUUGGAGAGGAAGUACCACGGGAUUAUAUGUGUAUCGAUGUAACCCCAACUGGAUUGUCAGCAGAUCUCAAUAAUGGAAGUCUUGUGGGGCCGCAGAUUUACCUUUGCUAUAGAAGAGGAAGAGAUAAACCUCCACUUACAGAUCUAGGGGUAUUAUAUGACUGGAAAGAAAGAUUAAAACAGGGCUGUGAGAUUAUUCAAAGUACUCCCUACGGACGCCCUGCGAAUAUUAGUGGCAGUACCUCAUCACAAAGGAUCUAUAUCACUUACCGAAGAGCCUCUGAAAACAUGACUCAGAAUACCCUGGCUGUCACAGAUAUAUGUAUUAUUAUACCCAGUAAAGGAGAAAGUCCACCACACACAUUCUGCAAGGUUGACAAGAAUCUCAAUAACAGUGUGUGGGGAUCUGCAGUGUACUUAUGCUAUAAAAAAUCAGUGGCAAAGACUAACACUAUAUCUUAUAAAGCAGGUCUGAUUUGCAGAUAUCCUCAAGAGGAUUAUGAAUCCUUUUCACUUCCAGAAUCUGUUCCCCUAUUUUGUUUGCCAAUGGGUGCAACUAUUGAAUGUUGGCCACCAAAAAGCAAAUACCCUCUACCUAUAUUUUCUACAUUUGUGUUAACUGGAGCCUCAGCUGAAAAGGUCUAUGGUGCUGCUAUUCAGUUUUAUGAACCAUAUUCUGAGGAGAAUCUUACAGAAAAACAGAGACUUCUUUUGGGUUUAACAUCUUUGGCAGAUGGAAAGUAUGAUAGUUCCAGAACAAUUCACACUAACAAGUGCAUCUGUCUUCUGUCUCACUGGCCAUUUUUUGAUGCAUUCAGGAAGUUUCUGACUUUUCUGUAUCGUUAUUCCAUCUCUGGACCUCAUGCCCUUCCAAUUGAAAAGCAUGUUUCUCAUUUUAUGCAUAAAGUUCCUUUUCCAUCUCCUCAGAGACCACGGAUUUUAGUUCAGUUGUCACCACAUGAUAAUUUGAUUCUCAGUCAGCCUGUUUCUUCACCUCUUCCACUAAGUGGAGGCAAGUUUUCAACACUACUUCAGAAUCUUGGCCCUGAAAAUGCCGUAACACUGCUGGUGUUUGCAGUAACAGAACAUAAAAUCCUCAUCCAUUCUUUACGGCCUUCUGUGCUCACUAGUGUGACGGAAGCAUUAGUGUCUAUGAUUUUCCCUUUCCACUGGCCAUGCCCGUAUGUUCCUCUCUGUCCACUGGCUUUAGCAGAUGUCUUGAGUGCACCGUGUCCAUUCAUAGUAGGAAUUGAUUCAAGAUACUUUGAUCUCUAUGAUCCUCCCCCAGAUGUCAGCUGUGUUGACCUGGAUACCAACACCAUUUCUCAAACCGGUGACAAAAAGAACAUAGCCUGGAAGAUUCUUCCAAAGAAGCCAUGCAAAAAUCUGAUGAAUACACUGAAUAAUUUGCACCAACAAUUGGCAAAAUUGCAGCAGAGACCAAGAGACGAUGGACUAAUGGACUUAGCAAUGAAUGAUUAUGACUUUAAUUCUGGAAAAAGGUUGCACAUGAUAGAUUUGGAAAUCCAAGAGGCAUUUUUGUUUUUCAUGGCCUCUAUUUUAAAAGGUUAUAGAUCAUAUUUAAGGCCAAUAACACAAGCCCCAUCUGAGACAGCAACUGAUGCAACCUCUCUUUUUGCCCUUCAAGCUUUCUUAAGAAGCCGGGACCGAUCACAUCAAAAAUUCUAUAACAUGAUGACCAAAACGCAAAUGUUUAUUCGCUUCAUUGAGGAGUGUUCUUUUGUCAGUGAUAAAGAUGCAAGCCUGGCAUUUUUUGAUGAUUGUGUAGAUAAAGUGGAUAUGGACAAAAGUGGUGAAGUGCGACUUAUAGAACUGGAUGAAUCUUUCAAAAGUGAACAUACUGUUUUUGUAACACCACCUGAGAUCCCCCAUCUACCCAAUGGUGAAGAACCCCCUUUACAGUACAGCUAUAAUGGAUUUCCAGUUCUUAGGAACAAUUUAUUUGAGAGGCCUGAAGGAUUUCUACAAGUACAAAAGAACAAAUUGCCUUUGAAAUCAAGUAGUCCUAGUAGCCCUUCUCCCAUGUUCAGAAGAACAAAACAGGAAAUUAAAUCAGCCCAUAAAAUUGCGAAGAGAUAUUCUUCUAUCCCUCAAAUGUGGUCUAGGUGUCUACUGCGUCACUGUUAUGGAUUGUGGUUUAUUUGUCUCCCAGCUUAUGUAAAAGUUUGUCAUUCCAAAGUCAGGGCUCUGAAAACAGCAUAUGAUGUGCUUAAAAAAAUGCAGCUGAAGAAGAUGGAUCCACCUGAUGAGGUGUGCUACCGCAUUCUCAUGCAGCUCUGUGGACAGUAUGACCAGCCUGUGCUUGCAGUCCGAGUGCUUUUUGAAAUGCAGAAAGCUGGUAUUGACCCCAAUGCGAUCACUUAUGGGUAUUACAAUAAGGCUGUUUUGGAAAGUACUUGGCCUUCAAGAAGUCGCAGUGGCUAUUUUCUUUGGACAAAAGUAAGAAAUGUUGUUUUAGGAGUAGCACAGUUCAAAAGAGCUUUAAAGAAACAUACACAGUUAUCACAGACAACUGUCUCAGCAGGUGGCAGUGACCUGGAUGCUGUUAGUCAUGGCAGCAUGGAUAGUGGUCAUGAGAUACACUCUGUGGAGCAGGCACCUUUUAAUACGGGUUUAAUCAAAGUAUAUGCUACUGAUGAUAGAGCUAGUACAGGUGGCCAGUCUGACCUUGGAUAUAAUUCAUUAUCUAAGGAUGAAGUUAAAAGAGUGGGUAUAGCUACUGAAAACAUUCAAGAAGAAAAAGAUAAAAAAGGGAGUGAUUCUAGUUCCUUGUCAGAGAAUGAGAGUACAAAAGGAAGCACAGAUUGCCUUCCCACACUCAAUUAUCAAAGUUCUUCCAGUAUAGUUCGCCUCAGUGGUGCAAAUAACAACAGUGCUGAUAAAAUGCCUGGAGAAUGCAUAGAAAGUUUACCUGAGCCACUCUUAAUAUCCUCUCUUGAGGAUACAAAUGAAACAGGAAACAUGCAAAGCAGAUGCUUCAGGAAAAGGCAUAAAAGUGACAAUGAAUCUAAUUUGCAACAGCAAAUGGCCUGGGGAAAUAGGAACCGUAAUCUUAGUGGAGGGGUACUGAUGGGAUUUAUGCUGAAUAGAAUUAACCAGGAAACAAACCCUGGAGAUAUAGUUGAAAAAUUAGGAGCUGAUGCAAAAAUUCUUUCAAAUGUUAUCUCAAAAAGCACAAGACCAAAUAGUCUUGAUAUUGGAAAGCCACCUGUAAGAUCAAAAAGAGACAGCCUAGAAAAGGAAUCUAGUGAUGAUGAUACACCUUUUGAUGGUUCUAACUGCUUAGCAGAUAAAGUGGAUUCUCCUGUUAUUUUUGACUUAGAAGAUUUAGACAGUGAAAUAGAUGGAUCAAAAGAAACAGAUGGAUCAAAAGUGGGAUGUGUUGCUACACAAAAUUCCAAGAGGAUUGACCGUAUGAAUAGCAGCUUUUCAGUAAAACCUUCUGAAAAAACAGACGUUGUAACAGGAUUUGAUCCCCUCUCUCUUUUGGUUGCUGAGAGUGAACAGCAGCAAAAAGAGGAAGAAGAGGAUGAAGAUGACAGCAAAAGCAUAUCAACACCAUCUGCUAGACGUGAUUUGGCUGAAGAAAUUGAGAUGUAUAUGAAUAACAUGAGCAGUCCUUUGACAAGUCGUACACCAAGCAUUGAUUUACAACGAGCAUGUGAUGAUAAAUUAACCAAUAAGAAAAGCCCAACAUUGGUCAAGGCCUGCAGAAGAUCAAGCCUGCCUCCUAAUUCUCCUAGACCUGUGAGACUUACCAAAUCUAAAAGUUAUACUAAAAGUGAGGAGAGACCAAGAGAUAGACUGUGGUCUUCACCAGCCUUCUCACCCACUUGCCCAUUUAGGGAAGGAUCUCAAGAAACAUUAACCCAUUCAUCACCUUCAUUUAAUUUAGAUACACUGCUGGUACCUAAACUAGAUGUUCUAAGGCACAGUGUGUUUACUGCUGGGAAAGGAGUUGCAGAGAAAGCAAGCAAAUGGUACUCAAGAUUCACCAUGUACACCACAUCAUCGAAGGAUCAAAGUUCUGAUCGUACCAGUCUUUCUUCAGUGGGAGCCCAGGAUUCUGAAUCUACCUCUUUGACAGAUGAAGAUGUCUGCCAUGAGUUGGAAGGAGCCAAUUCCUCCCAAGAGAGCAGUGCCACUUCAGGGACCAAAGGAAUUGAUCUCAGCCAGACAAGCCUGGGAAGUUCUGCCUCCCUAGAAGGAUCCCUGUCAAAGUUUGCCUUGCCUGGGAAAUCAGAAAUGGCAUCUUCCCUCAACACCAGUAAUACAAAUAUCUUCCAGAACUAUGCAAUGGAGGUUCUCAUCUCAAGUUGUUCUCGGUGUAGAACUUGUGACUGUCUUGUCCAUGAUGAGGAAAUCAUGGCUGGCUGGACAGCAGAUGAUUCAAAUCUCAAUACUACAUGCCCAUUUUGUGGCAAUCUUUUCUUACCCUUCCUGAAUGUUGAAAUAAGAGACUUAAGACGGCCUGGGAGAUAUUUCUUGAAGUCCAGCUCAUCUACAGAAACUAUGCACUUUGCAUCUUCCUUUUCAAAUCAGACAAGGCAGUCUUGCAUUUCAACAUCAACCUCUGGUCUUGACACAUCUCUCUCUGUUCAAGGGAGUUUUGAUCUAAAUAACAAAUCUAAACUGCAGGAAAAUCCCUGUGCCCGAAGUAUUCAGAUUCCUGCUAAUGGAUCAAAAACAGUCGUGUCAAAAUGCCCACUUUUCCCAAUGGCCAGGAGUAUCAGUACAUAUGGCCCCUUGGAUAAGAAUGAUACUAGAGCACAGAAGCUCAUUCCUACAGGCAGCCUGCCAGCUACUUUACAAGGAGCUACAGAUUCUUUAGGAUUUGAAUGGCAUCUUCCAAGUCCAGAUCCUGUCACUGUUCCAUAUCUUAGUCCAUUAGUGGUAUGGAAGGAACUUGAGAGCUUAUUGGAAAACGAAGGUGACCAUGCAAUAACAGUGGCUGACUUUGUGGACCAUCAUCCAAUUGUUUUUUGGAACCUGGUGUGGUAUUUUAGACGUCUUGACUUGCCCAGUAAUCUACCUGGAUUGAUUCUUUCUUCUGAGCAUUGUAACAAGUAUUCAAAGAUUCCUCGCCACUGUAUGUCUGAAGAUAGUAAAUAUGUUUUAAUACAGAUGUUAUGGGACAACAUGAAAUUGCAUCAGGAUCCAGGGCAGCCUUUGUACAUCCUCUGGAAUGCCCACAGUCAAAAUCGUCCUCUUUUGUUUGAGACCCAGAAGUAUCCAAUGGUCCAUUUAUUGCAAAAAAGUGAUAACUCAUUUAACCAGGAACUGUUGAAAAGUAUGGUAAAAAGCAUUAAAAUGAAUGAUGUCUAUGGACCCAUGAGUCAGAUUUUAGAGACACUGAAUAAGUGUCCACAUUUUAAAAGACAAAGGAGUCUAUAUAGAGAAAUUCUGUUUCUCUCACUUGUGGCAUUGGGAAGAGAAAACAUUGAUAUAGAUGCUUUUGACAAAGAGUACAAGAUGGCAUAUGAUCGUCUCACACCCAGUCAAGUCAAGAGCACACACAACUGUGAUAGGCCACCAAGUACAGGGGUGAUGGAGUGCCGGAAAACCUUUGGAGAGCCGUAUCUUUAAGAUGUGUGUGUGUGUGUGUGUGUGUGUGUGUGUGUGUGUGUGUGUGUGUAUUCAAUACAUAUUGUAUAGUCAGUGUACAAAAUAAUACUUUAGUCUCCAAACUCUUUUCUUCACUUUUUGAGAAUGCAUUUGUAAAUGGUUUGGAAAAUUCAGGUAGCUUAUGUACAGAAUGCUUUCACAAGAGAACAGUGACAAAUAGGGAGAAAGCCACUUUACUUCCCAUUUAUUUCUUCUUUAACUCCCCUGUGAUAAGAAGUAUUUUUGUGAUGAGACAGUCUCUUAAAAGAAUUGGUUGCUACAAAAGCAGAAAACUAUUUUAUGAUUUCUCUUGGAAGAGACAGAUGGGAAAAUCAUGUAUGGAACCUAAGCAGAAAUGUAAGAUCAAAGUAUCGCCUGUCUUCAUGGACUAUUCAAAUGUUUUGACCAUGAAGUUGUAUUAUACAUAUUUUAAAUUGUUUAUAGUAAGUUGAUAUUUUUUUAAUUUUUAAAUUUAAUAUAGCAAACUUAAAAGGAAUUUAAACUUAUGAAACAAGAAUUUAUUUUCUUUGUCUGCUGCUAUUUGAAGUAAUCAGUACAGCUGCAGAUCUCUGUAUGUAUAUCUACCUAUAUUUUUUUUAAUUACUUGAGAGAAUGAAUUUGAACAUGUCAGUGCUAGUGUGAGUAUCCUCCUGGGACUGCAUGCUAGGACCCUUCAGCCUGACUUAUGAGAGUGAGUGGCCGAAGGGCAGGGCACACACCUAGUGUACGGAGCACAAGGAAGGGUUCCUAUGCCAUGGUCUUCAGUCUCCUCUACCAUAGGUAGAUGCUACAGUACCCAGGGAAAAUAGUUCACAAUCCAAAUAUCAAUUUAAAUUUUAGUAUUCUAUAUGAAGACUUACAUAGGGAAAUAUGAUUGACAACUCUUCCAAAUUUCACCCAAAAUAUUGAGUAUGAUACAAAAUUGUACUAUAAAAUAUGUAUCUGAAAUAUGAUUUAAUGGGAUAUUCUGUUAAUACUAUAUAUAUGUGUGUGUGUAUAUAUAUAUAUAUUCAAAGUAUUUUUUAAAAGUAGAAAAAUAGUGGCCCUCUGAAAGUAUAGCCAGAAAGAAUUUCCCAUAUUGAGGGGCUUAAGCUUCUUUAACAAGCUUCAGAAUCUGAAGUUUAUGGAAUCUAAAAUGUAGAAUUAUCCAUAUCAUAAUCAGACAAUAAAUUCACUGUUUAAACACCAUGAAUAUUAAAUUGACUUUUAAGUGUAUUUUAGUCAUGUUAUUUUUAAGAUCACUUACUUUGAGUAACUUCUGAUAAAGAAAAAACAUCCUUUGGCCUUUAGAAUUAUGAAUUUUAAAUAUGUAUAUGUACAUUUGCACAGAGUGUCAUUCAUGAAGGAAGCCUAGCCAUUUUAAUAAGAAGGGGAAAGAUGGAUGGUCACAAAUUUGGUGUAUAAAGCCAGUAGAGUCCAUGCUGCUUGGCCUGGAAGUAUCUUAGAGUCCCAAAACUUGCCAGUUCUGCCACAGAAGAGCUCUUUUCAGUCAUGCCAUUAGUGAGCAGCACCAAGCCAAACAUUUCACAGCUUUCCUACUCUGGCAAAUUGUGGAGAGUUUAAAAUGUGAAUCUUCAGUUCAGUUAGUUUGAAGCUGAACUUGCUUACUUGAAAACUCUGGUGCUAUGGACGUGUAUACCUGCCUCUCCUUUGUAAAUAGCACUCCAGCUUCACUCUUUACUGCUCAGAUCAUAGCGUCACAGUCUCUAAGUCACUGAACAGUGAGAGGAACAUUUGAGUGAGGAGGCUCUUGGCAUUGGUGGCAAACAUCCCAUCAAACAGGACUCUGGGGUUCUCUUCCAGGUUUCUUUAUUGUUGUUUUUCUUCCCUUAUAAAAAUAGCUUACACUGUUAUUUAUGUUUUCUGUAAUAUGAACAAUAUGUAGAAACCAUAGUUUGUUGAUUUCAAA